GUUUGGCGCAGUGGGCGCACGGUUUGCGAUAGCGAGCUCGGCAAAGUCAAUGCGGGCAAUGACUUUAGCUGCAUUCGACAGAGACGGCUGCAGAAUGGGGAUCACUUCUUCUUCGAUACGGAGUACUCUGUGGCAUAUACCCUUGUCACGGCAUCAGUAUGGACGGCUUCGACCUCCUUGUCAUCAAUGGCAUUGUCGUGACAGCCUCUGACACGGCCAACUACGACAUCGCCAUCAAGGAUGGCAAGAUCGCCUUGCUGGCUCCGCCGGGCGUGCUUGCGACAAGUAGUGCGAAGAAGGUGAUCGAUGCAGAAGGCGGCUAUGUUAUGCCCGGCGGUAUUGAUUGCCAUGUCCAUCUUGAGGAGCCUGCACUGUUUGGAGGUAAAGGAAGGAGUUCGGACAACUUCGAGACGGGCACAAGAAGUAGCAUUUGUGGAGGAACAACCACCAUCGUAGCGUUUGCGCCUCAGCCAAAGACCAUACCCUCGCUCCUACAAUGUCUCGAAGACACCCACGCUCGAGCGAAGGACAAUUGCUAUACCGACUACUCAUUCCACCUGCUGGUCGGACACCCCGGCGAGCAAGCAUUGUCGGAGUUCCCUCGCCUGCGCGAACAAGGAGUCUCUUCACUGAAGAUCUAUAUGACAUAUGCCGCACUGCAGCUCCGAGACGAUGAGAUUCUUGAUGUGUUGCUGGCUUCGAGGAAAGAAGGCAUCACAACUAUGAUUCACGCAGAGAAUGGGGAUGUGUUGAACUGGAUGACAAAGAAAUUGGAAGAAAGGAAGCUGUAUGCGCCAAAGUAUCAUGCUACAUCCAGGCCGCAGAUCGUCGAGACUGAAGCCACCAACCGAGCAAUUGCCUUGGCAGAGUUGAUGGAUGCGCCCAUUCUGGUCGUCCAUGUCUCGUCUCCGAGCGCUGCUGCCCAUCUGCGGAAUGCUCAAACUCGUGGAUUACCAGUCUAUGCCGAGACUUGUCCUCAGUACCUCUUUCUCACCCGAGACCACCUGGACAGGCCAGACUUUGAAGGCGCGAAGUGCGUCUGCUCGCCUCCGCCCCGAGAAUCGGCAAAUGACCACGAGGCGAUCUGGCUGGGCCUUGCCAAUGGCACCUUCACAGUCCUUUCCUCCGACCACUGCCCAUUCAUGUACGACGAUUACGAAAAGGGCAAAAAGUCAAUCAUCAGCAAGGAAUACCCCGAAGGACGGUUCAGCGGGAUUCCGAAUGGAUGUCCCGGGAUUGAGACACGCCUUGCCUUGACGUUGAGUGCGAAUAGGUUGCCCCUGCAAAAGUUUGUUGAAGUCACCAGCACCAACGCGGCGAGAUUGUACGGGCUAUACCCGCAGAAAGGGACGAUUCUGCCUGGUGUUAGUGAUGCCGAUCUGACCAUCUGGUAUCCUCCUGGCGAGUUGGGAACAUUCAAGCUCACCAACUCUAUGCUUCACCACAACGUAGAUUAUACACCCUUUGAGGGCAUGGAGCUGAACCAGUGGCCGAGAUAUACCAUUCUCAGAGGGGAAGUGGUAUGGGACAGAGACAACGGGGGGCUAUUGGGCAAGAAAGGUUACGGACAGUUCGUGGCAAGAGGCAAGAGUACCCUUCCGGGACCGAGGAAGGAAGGAGAUUGGGAUGUCAGUACUUUUUGAAUGGAGAUCAAGAAUCAUUCCACG